UCUCCGUGUUGUUGUUCCCAGUGACGCGGCGGAGGUGUAGCCUGACGCGGGCUCUUACGUGUCGGCCAGAAUAAAAGUGGAGCUCAGGAGGCCCGGGAGUGACGAAGGGAGUCUGUAUCGUUUGUAUGGUUUGCUGAGGUUGAAGCACACAAACCAUCUGUGAUCCUGAUAACUACAGAUGUUGUGGCUGCAGUUAAGUUUUCUUCUCUUCAAAUCUUCAUCCUUACCUUAGCCGAUGAAGAUGGAGUCAGUGGAGGUUCAGCAGGGAGUGGAGACGGCUGUGACGGAGGCAGAAACCCAGCACAUCACCCAGGCACAGAUUGCUACUUUAGCACAGGUAACCAUGACAACAGGCCACGCCUCAGCAACAGGUCCCACAGUAACGCUGGUACAGCUUCCCAACGGACAGACGGUUCAGGUCCACGGAGUGAUCCAGGCUGCACAGCCGUCUGUUAUCCAGUCGCCACAGGUCCAGGCUGUGCAGAUCUCCACCAUAGCAGAAAGUGAGGAUUCACAGGAGUCAGUAGACAGUGUCACUGACUGUCAGAAGCGCAGAGAGAUUCUGUCACGACGCCCCUCUUACAGGAAGAUCUUGAACGACCUUUCGUCCGACGCACCGGCUGUCCCUCGUAUCGAGGAGGAAAGGGCUGAGGAGGAUUCAUCAGCUGCUGCCACACCUUCAAUCACCACUGUUACUGUGCCCACGCCCAUCUACCAGACCAGCAGCGGACAAUACAUUGCAAUCACACAGGGAGGAGCCAUUCAGCUGGCCAAUAACGGUACAGAUGGAGUCCAGGGCAUCCAGACUCUGACCAUGACCAACGCAGCAGCCGCCGCCCAGCCUGGAGCCACCAUCCUCCAGUACGCACAGACCAGCGACGGCCAGCAGAUACUGGUUCCCAGUAACCAGGUGGUGGUCCAAGCUGCUUCCGGAGACGUCCAGGCCUAUCAGAUCCGAGCAGCCCCCGCCAGCACCAUCGCCCCGGGGGUGGUCAUGGCCUCAUCCCCCGCCCUCCCCACCCAGGGUGCUACAGAGGAGGUCACUCGCAAACGGGAAGUCCGCCUCAUGAAGAACAGAGAGGCAGCCCGUGAAUGUCGCAGGAAGAAGAAGGAGUAUGUUAAGUGUCUGGAAAACCGAGUGGCCGUCCUGGAGAACCAAAAUAAGACACUAAUUGAAGAACUGAAAGCCCUUAAAGACCUUUACUGCCAUAAAUCGGAGUAGUUCCUUGUUCUGAACACCAAGCUGGGCCACGUAGCAUUUCAGUUCUCUUCAAACACUUUGACUGUUUGAUACUGCCUGCCUGCCUGCCUUCCAGUUUACAUACGGCUGGCUAAUCUAGUUCUGCUUAAACAACCUUCUCUUCAGUAGGCUGUCGAUAGGCCUAAUACAUUUAAAAUACACACAAUCUUUCCAAUAUCGGUACACUAAAACAGCAGCUACAAUCCUGUGCAAGAUCACGUAAAGGGUCAAAUCAGCUGCUGAUGACGGUUAACAUGUUGCUUCACACACCUUUGUCUGUGAGCCUGCGUCUUAUUGUCACAGAUUUGGCUAAUACUUAUGUUAAAGGAAUACGCCGACUUAUUGGGAAUUUAGCUUAUUCACCGUAACCCCCAGAGUAAGACAAGU